CCCACGACCUCGCCGUCGCCGUAACUGCCAGGGGCCAGCGGGCCCCCCUGCCGUUCUGCAGCUGACCCGUCCUGCUGGGAAUUGGCCUUCCAGUUCGGCUGUCCAUGUGUGGUGGGCUGGAUGGACUCAUGUUCCAGUGGGCUUCACGGCAGCACAGAGAGGCCUACAUAGCUCUCCUAAUCUGUGGUCUUCCACUGGUGUGGGGUUGACUUGGACACAGCAAAGCACCAGGGCUGAGGACCACAAGGAAGCCACAUUUCUGCUCCAGAUGACCUGCCCCGCAAUUUGGAGCAUGUGAAGAAACCCAAGGAAACUAAAGUUCCAGUAUGUGGUACAUCAUGCAGAGCAUUCAGAGCAAAUAUUCUUUGUCAGAGCGUCUAAUUCGGACUAUAGCAGCUAUCCGAUCUUUCCCACAUGACAAUGUCGAAGAUCUUAUCAGGCAGGGUGCAGAUGUCAACUGUAUGCACGGUACCCUGAAGCCCUUGCACUGUGCUUGCAUGGUUGCUGAUGCCGAUUGCAUUGAGCUGCUGUUGGAAAAAGGAGCUGAGGUCAAUGCCCUUGAUGGGUACAACCGAACAGCACUUCACUAUGCAGCAGAAAAGGAUGAGACCUGUGUGGAGAUCCUCCUAGAAUAUGGGGCAAACCCAAAUGCACUGGAUGGUAACAAGGACACACCCCUGCACUGGGCCGCCUUUAAGAACAAUGCGGAAUGUGUCCGGACACUGUUGGAAAGCGGGGCCUUUGUCAAUGCUCUGGAUUACAACAACGACACUCCUCUCAGUUGGGCAGCGAUGAAAGGGAACUUGGAGAGCGUGAGCAUCCUUCUGGAAUAUGGGGCUGAAGUGCGGGUGGUCAACCUGAAAGGACAGACCCCAAUCUCAAGGUUGGUUGCCCUGCUGGUCAGAGGACUUGGCACUGAGAGGGAAGAGGCUUGCUUCGAUCUCCUCCACAGAGCUGUCGGACACUUUGAAUUGCGCAAGAACGGUGCCAUGCCUCGGGAGGUUCUGCGUGAUCAGCAGCUCUGCGGAAAGCUGACCACGCUGUGCUCUGCCCCAGGCACUUUAAAGACGCUGUCACGCUAUGCCGUGCGUCGGAGCCUAGGAGUGCAGUUCCUGCCAGAUGCGGUGAAGGAGCUGCCUUUGCCAGAGUCGUUGAAAGAAUAUGUGCUGCUUAAGUGACAGCGAAUGCUUCGUAGGAGUCUGUUACGAGUGCAGCCAGGGCGAUUCUUGUGCAGCUCUUCCCUGGCGCUUUGCACUGACUGUAAUGGCAACAUGAGACAGAUUUGGCAGGUCUUUUUGUAACCUCCCAGGUAAAUGGGUCCCUCCUUGCUCUGGCAUUGGUUUUCCAUUAGAGUCUCUCCCAGCUGCACUUACAUUUCAUUCAAUGGUGGAGGCUGGAAAAAAUUUUUUACGGCCUGUCAUGGCUGGGAGGCUUCGUGAAACAGCCCUGCUCUCCACCUCCUGCAGCUGAUCUUCCCUGGAAUCUUAGAAAUCCAGUUUCUGCUGGGAAUUUCGCAGGAAGAGAAGGUAGAGCUGCCUUCUGGAGCUGCUUAACAGUUUGAGGGAGGGGGUGGCAACAGCUGGUUUAGUGUCAUUGCACAUCCCAAAGCAUUUUAGUGACCCAACCUGCCUCCUUGUUUUGCACUCUCAAAUCAUCAGACCUGUUCUGCCAUUUCAUUUUCUAUCAGGAGGUAAGCCAUUCCUUUCAAGGGCUUGCAGUGCUUUGAGUAAUGGAUUUGAACAAACAGGCCUGGCGGGAUAAUCUGCUCCUGUAGGAAUUAGAGAGCCCUUCUUUGUUGCAUUACCUCGUCUCUCUCUUUCCUGUUCUAUCAGUGAGAGGUGCCAAAGUAGUAGGAGAAGAGGACUUCUCUCCAAAGGACUGGAUCGUGUUUGCUGUUACUUUUGGCCAGCUUUGCACAUGCCACAGAGUGCAGCAGUAGAUUCCUGAGCUGGUGAUGGACUGUGUUACUUUAGAAGGGGUGAAGAAUGAUUUGGGAAUGGCUGGGGCUCCUUGCUAGUAGAAGACUAAACACUAUGGGGAGAAGUUCAUAAGUAGUCUUUCCUCUGUUUAUUAUAUAAGGAAGCAAACUAGCGCAGCUGAUUCUGAAAUGUGUGGGCAGCAUCCUGUACUGCCAGGGAGUACCUCCUGUUCCCACGUCAUUCUGCUGCAUGCCUAGAUCCAGACUUUAUUUACAAGGAGGGCCCAGCAAAGUCACAAAACAGAAGGCAGCCAGUAUGGCUACCUGGAGACCAUGGUUCAUUGUGUAUUUUUCCAUUUUGUCUCCUUUUAAAAAAAAAUCCCAGUACAUGUAUAGGUCCAAGUACAUGUAUUGAUCUCCCUUGUAUAGUGAUAAGGGAGUAAGUUCUCUAUCCAAAGUGUGUGUUUUAUUAAUGGCUUUAAAACUUGCAGUGUGUAUUUAACCUAGGGGCUUGAGAGUGGCAUUGAGCACCUUAAUGCUGAGCCUAGCAGUGCUGCUCUGUAGCCUGCUCAGUGGCAUUCCCGCCUUUCAGUUCCACCAUCCUAUGCUGACUUCCUCUCUUCCUUUUCAAGAGAACUGCCCACAUGUGUAGAGGUGGUGGUAUUUUCAUACUUAAGGGUGAGUUGAAGGUGUGCCCAGCCUCCCCCUCCCUCAAAAAAAAAAAAAAAAAAAAAAUCAGGCACAGCAAGUUGCUUAGUAUCAAGCGCAGUCAGGUUUCAUUCCCUCUGACUGUGAUGGAAUCCUGCAAUUAUUGACAAGUUUCUAACAACUCCUCCAAGACAGUCUUGGGCUUGAGUGGUUUGCUAAAUUCCCAGUGUUCCUUAGAUUCUUGAUAGCUGGUGCAGCUGUCUCUGAUUUUACAAUUGCAGCAUUAUUUCCCCCCAGGAGAAUAGAAUUUCCAUAGAUGAGAGGAAAGAGUUAGCAUGUGUCUAAAUGCAGGCUCAUCUAGGUGAUGUUGCCUUAGAGGCAUUGCUUUCUGCUACCCAGUCAGAACCCAGACAUGGAAAUAAGACUUCUGGCAAUUGGGGGAAGGUGCUCCUGGGAUUCCCUCACUCUUUAACACAGGCUGUCUCCGGGAUUCCUGGAGAGUCCCUCACACUUUCCUUUAGGAUGAUACCACACUUCUAUACUGGCUUGUGGCAGGGAGGGAACAGUGUUUCAAUAAGGCUAUAUUGAAAUAACUGCUCUCAUCACUGAGUGACCUUAUAUUCAAUGGCUUUCUGUUCUGAGGCUAUAUAGUGUAAAUAGAGGCUAUUUAGACAUAAGCCAAGGUAAGGUGGUAAAUCUCCAAAUGUUUUGGAUUUCCCUUGCCAAAAUGGUGAAGGGUCAGGAAUGAUGAGAGCUGAAGUCCAAACCAUUUGGAGAUGCACUUACAAAGAUGCAUUGCUUUCCGUGCUGUACAGGCAACAUGGAAGAACUGCUCCCUCGCUUCACAUCUUCUAUAUAAGGGUAAUUAAGUGCAUUGCAAUCAAUACCAUCCCACCUUGCUAUCUCUUCUUUCCCAUAGGUUUGGGCCUGCCUAAUCACAUGCUAAGCAUUCAGAAAGCCACACGAUGUGAGAAACUAAUCAUGCUGUAAGCUCCAUGAAUCCUGUUCCCCAAUUUGGUUGCUAUGGAGGAAGGUUUAUUCAGUGAGCUAAUGACUUGUGUGGGAUAUUAAAACUUUCUUGAUUAAACUUUUGGUGUAUUGGACAGCA